UGUGCCAACUGUCACGCAACAGAUACACCUUUAUGGAGAAGAGAUGCAUCAGGAAAAACUAUAUGUAAUGCUUGUGGUCUAUAUUAUAAAUUACACCAUGUUCAUAGACCACCUACGAUGAAGAGUACAGUCAUCAAAAGACGUAAACGA